CUGCCAGGAAGCCCAGAGCGCAGAGAUACUUCUUCAUUUCUCCUUCCACCUGCCGUUGGCUGCCCGAACGCAACUGCUCCAAGUCGGCAGCGCGCAGCCCCCCGCACGCUCACGGCUCCCUUCCAGCGGCCGGGGGCUGCCGCCUGUGGAUUUGGGGGUUUUCCCCUCUCCUGAUAGAUACUUGUGCAAAUGCUUAAACACUGCUAAUUGCCGAAGUAUAUUAUCCUACAACUCUCGCUGAGGAGGUAGGACCGCAGAGGGUCGUGCCCGACGCCCAUGUGCAAGUGCAGUGAUGAAUCUCUUGUGUAGCUGAAGUGCAGACCAGUUGGAAUAUGCUGCAGACAAUUUACGAGAGUGAAUCGUGUUUUUCCUCAGAUGGAGUUUCUGGACGCGAACAGCUCUUGGCUCAGCAAAGAAUGCACAGUAUGAUCAGCUCAGUGGAUGUAAAGUCAGAGGUUCCCGUGGGGUUAGAGCCUAUCUCACCAUUAGACUUGCGAACUGAUCUCAGGAUGAUGGUUCCCAUGGUGGACCCAAUUAUGCGUGAAAAGCAGCUACAGCAGGAACUACUCCUGAUCCAGCAGCAGCAGCAAAUUCAGAAACAACUGCUGAUUGCAGAGUUUCAGAAGCAGCAUGAAAACCUGACCCGCCAGCAUCAGGCCCAGCUCCAGGAGCACAUAAAGUUACAACAGGAACUCCUAGCCAUUAAACAACAGCAAGAACUCCUUGAAAAAGAGCAGAAACUGGAGCAGCAAAGACAAGAGCAGGAACUGGAGAGGCAUCGCAGGGAGCAACAGCUUCCUCCCCUCCGAGGCAAAGAAAGAGGACGAGAAAGGGCAGUGGCCAGUACAGAAGUGAAGCAGAAACUUCAGGAGUUCCUGUUGAGUAAAUCGGCAACAAAAGACUCUCCGGCAAAUGGGAAGAAUCAUUCCAUGAACCGCCACCCCAAGCUCUGGUACACGGCUGCCCACCAUACCUCACUGGAUCAAAGCUCUCCACCCCUGAGCGGGGCCUCACCACCAUACAAAUACACUUUACCAGGAGCACAGGAUGCCAAGGAUGAUUUUCCACUUCGUAAAACGGCCUCAGAGCCCAAUUUGAAGGUACGUUCAAGGUUAAAACAGAAGGUGACAGAAAGGAGAAGCAGUCCUUUACUCAGGAGGAAGGAUGGAAAUGUCAGUUCAUUCAAGAAGCGUCUUUUCGAGGUGACAGAAUCCUCAGUCAGUAGCAGCUCACCUGGAUCAGGUCCCAGUUCCCCAAGCAAUGGUCCAACCAGCAGUACAACAGAAAACGAAACCUCAGUUUUGCCGUCUAACAUUCAAGCUGAGCAUCUGGUUUCUCAGCAACGCCUUUUGAUACAGGAUGAAUCAGUGAACUUGUUGAGUCUGUACACAUCCCCUUCUUUGCCCAACAUUACCUUGGGACUUCCAGCAAUACAACCUCAAAUCAGUGGAGUCAGGGAGUGCUCCAGGAAAAGUAAUAGCUUCCCACUACUACAGGCUUCAUCGUCAUUCAAAGAAAAGCAGAAGGGGGAGACCCCAUCACUCAGACAAGGAGUGGCCUUGGCUGGACAGUAUGGAGGAAACAUUCCUCCAUCAUCCACUCAUCCUCACAUUGCUUUGGAGGGAAAGCCAAAUAGCAGCCACCAAGCUCUCUUGCAGCAUCUGUUACUGAAAGAACAAAUGAGACAGCAAAAACUUCUUGUGACUGGAGCAGUUCCUCUUCAUCCGCAGUCUCCUUUAGCAGCAAAGGAGAGAGUCUCACCUGGCAUAAGAGCUGCCCACAAACUGCCUCGUCACAGGCCACUGAAUCGAACCCAGUCAGCUCCUCUUCCUCAGAGUACUUUGGCCCAGCUGGUCAUCCAGCAGCAACAUCAGCAGUUUUUGGAGAAGCAGAAACAAUACCAGCAGCAGGUCCACAUGAAUAAGAUGCUCUCUAAGUCCAUUGAGCAGCUCAAGCAGCCUGGCAGUCACCUGGAGGAAGCUGAAGAAGAGCUUCACGGUGAUCACUCCAUGCAGGAAGAGCGAGCUCCCACCAGCGGUGCCAGCGGUGCCAACGUUAGGGCUGAGAGCAGCAGUGCUGGUGUGGAUGACAGAAUAGGACAGCAGGUGGGGGCUGUGAAAGUCAAAGAGGAGCCACUGGACAGUGAUGAGGAUGUUCAAACCCAGCAAAUGGAAUCUGGGGAGCAAGCUGCUUUUAUGCAACAGGAGUUCCUGGCACAUCGGCAUGUCCACCAGUUGCAAAUCUACCAGGCUCAGAUGGCUACAGUUGGCAUGGCAGGAUUAGAUAAACAUCAACCGGUGUCCGGGACCCCAUCUUCCCCCACUGAUUCCACAUUACCUCACCCAGACACGGACCAGCCCAGCCAGCAUGUCUACACGACUGGUGUUGUGUAUGACAGUCUGAUGCUGAAGCACCAGUGUAUGUGUGGGAACUAUGCUAAUCACCCUGAACAUGCUGGAAGAAUCCAAAGCAUCUGGUCAAGGCUGCAAGAAACUGGGUUGCUAAACAAGUGUGAGCGAAUUCGAGGUCGAAAAGCCAGUCUGGAAGAAAUACAGCUGGUUCAUUCUGAACAUCAUUCACUGCUGUAUGGCACCAGUCCCCUGAACAGACAGAAGCUGGACCCCAGGAAACUCCUAGGAAAUGUGUCUCAAAAACUAUUUUCCUUGUUGCCUUGUGGGGGACUUGGGGUGGACAGUGACACCGUUUGGAACGAGCUGCACUCGGCCGGGGCGGCACGCAUGGCGGUGGGCUGUGUCAUCGAGCUGGCGGCCCGCGUGGCCUCCCGGGAGCUGAAGAAUGGCUUUGCUGUUGUAAGGCCCCCAGGCCAUCAUGCUGAAGAAUCAACAGCCAUGGGGUUCUGCUUUUUUAAUUCAAUUGCAAUUACUGCCAAAUACUUGAGAGACAAGCUAAAUAUAGGCAAGAUAUUGAUUGUAGAUCUGGAUGUUCACCAUGGCAACGGUACACAGCAGGCUUUUUAUGCUGACCCCAGCAUCCUGUAUGUUUCCCUCCAUCGCUAUGAUGAAGGCAACUUCUUCCCUGGCAGUGGAGCCCCAAAUGAGGUUGGAAGUGGCCCUGGUGAAGGGUAUAACAUAAAUAUCGCUUGGACAGGUGGCUUGGACCCCCCUAUGGGUGAUGUUGAGUAUCUCACAGCAUUCAGGACUGUGAUUAUGCCAGCUGCCAACGAGUUUGAUCCAGAGAUUGUCCUGGUGUCAGCAGGAUUCGAUGCUGUGGAAGGCCACGACCCUCCUCUGGGCGGGUACAAAGUCACAGCUAAAUGUUUUGGUCACCUAACCAAGCAAUUGCUGAAGUUAGCGGAUGGCCGUGUUGUGCUGGCACUGGAGGGAGGACAUGACCUUACUGCCAUCUGUGAUGCAUCUGAAGCCUGUAUAAACGCCCUUUUAGGAAAUGAGCUGGAGCCUCUCCCGGAAGAUGUUGUUCACCAAAUCCCCAAUAUGAAUGCAAUAGCUUCUUUAAAAAAGACCACUGAAAUUCAAAGCAAGUACUGGAAGUCAGUGGAGCCAUACUCUGUGCCAGUGGAUUGUGCUCUGGCUGAGUCUCAGCAACAAGAGAGGGAGGAGACAGAAACAGUAUCUGCUAUGGCCUCUCUUUCAGUGGAUGUUGAGCAGUGUAUCCCUCAGGAAGGCAGCAGAGCUGCUGGUGAGCCCAUGGAAGAAGAGCCAGCCUUGUGAAGUGCCAAGUCCUCCCUGAUAUUUCCUGUGGGUGACAUCAUUGUGUAUCCCCCAAAGCACCCUCAGACAUGUCUUGUCUGCUUCUUGGGUGGCACAGAUCAGAUGGAACAUAAACACUGGGCACAACACUCUGAAUAGCAGCUUCACUUGUUCUUUGGAUGGACUUGAAAGAGCCCAAAAGAUUCCUUAAAUGUAACUGCUACAAUUCUAGAGUUGCAGAAAAACGGGCUUGAGAGAAAGAGCCUAGAGCAUGCUUUUUAUAUGCUGUUUGACCCACUCACCAACAGAAAUUGUGAAAUAGAGUAUUGCAAAAUUCUAAAUGAUAGAUCAUAGAUAUGAGAAUUGCAACAGCCAGCAACAUACUCUGUGAACUCCAUGAAUCACUUUCUGACACUUUUUACUGGGUAAUUUUUUUCAUACUGUGUUAAAUUGUUAAUAGAAUUUGUUUUCUUUGCUCUGUGUCAUGAAGAAAAAUCCCCACCCUUAUUUUACGUGCCAAUUUUUAAUCUCCUCUAAUGAAUUCUUAGCUGAAUAAGUGAAAAGUGUUUAAAUUAUGAUGAGGGAUUUUAGAUAAAGGGAGAGGACUUCUUCUUGUACUAUAAGUCCCCCGAAGUAGUGUGCUUGGUGGUGCUUUAUUUUCUCUUCCCUCUUCCUGGUCAUCCCUCCCCAUUUCAUGUAAUCUUUUCUAUCAUAAAAACACAUUCACGAUUCUCUAAAACAAGCGAUCUUCUGCCUUGAAAAAAAAGUGCUGUACCCUCUGUAGUUGACAGUAGCGCUCACCAUAUGUGCAGCAGAGAUCAAGUAUGGAUAGUUUUUCAAAUGUGUUUUUAGUUUGUUCUGAAAUGUUUCUGCGUUCUGACUCCAAAGCAACGAUCUUCAGUAACCGCGUGCAGCUCAUUUGAAGCUCAGGUGUUUCUGUGGAGGUUGUGUGGGGUGUUUUUUACAGGUCGUGACGUGAAUAUGAACUGAUUCUUUUAUGUAGUCCUGCACCAAGAGAACUGAUGUUGCUUAAGAAGCUUCAAAGGGUUUAGGCUUUAUUUUAGAUCCCCAAAGUGCAGCAAGAUCUCCCUGCAAUGUGACUUCAGCUGUUUAAUUCCAUGUUUGAGAACGUUACAUAGAGUUGUGCCUUUAGCUGAUAAUGAACGCUUAAACUGUUACACGUGUUGCCUUACCGUCAGAGAAAGAGAUAGGGCAUGUAUGUAAGAGUACUUCAAAUGAACAAAACUCUGCUACAGUAACUUUUAUUUUGUUUACAACUUUCUCACUUAAUGAACCCCAGAAGAUACUGUGAAGUAUUAGCUUGCAGUAUUUGAUAGUUUGCUCAGUCUUUAAAAGAAAGUGAUGUUCAUUUUUUAUAUAUUUUCCAAAUUCAAAAAAAAAAAAAAUUAAAGCCAUAAGUGAAGACUGUCAUGCUUUUUAUUCUGAAAUCUGAAAGGAACCUUAAUUAAAACAAGAUUUUGGGGAAGGCCAUGAUAUGAAAGAUAUGGAACAAUAUGGUUUCAGUUAUAGGCAGACUCAAACCUGUAAAUCAAAGAUGAAAGAUUUCACUCAAAUAGAAUUAUAUAAUUCUCUUUUGUUAUGCAGUCAGACUAUAUCUUUCAUGCAUUUGGGUUUGUUUACUAUUAGCUUUUUAGUUUUAAAGACUUUUAUUACUUAUACCAAAGCUCUCCCCUACAAGUUAGAAAUCUGAGGCAUGCUUUGAAAAGGGAAAUCUAAAAAAAAAAAAGAAUGUCAUUUCCUAUAAUGAGAAGUAAACUUUUAUUCUGAAAGGUUUACUCUAAAAUGUAUGUAUGCCCCUUAGAAAGGGAAAUAAAAUUCUGACCCUCAGAAAGUGAAAUAAAAUUCUCCCCCCCAUUUACAAGCCAAAACCAUGCUUGUUUUAGUAACGCAAAGAGUCCCAGCAGGCUAAAUUAACUCCUGGUGUAAGCCACCUUGCCUGACUUCGGGCUGUUCUGAAGGAGUUGUUCACAUGACUAAGGCAGUGAGGAGUUCAUCCUGCAUUUUCAGCAGACUCGUGAUGGCAAUCUUACUUGCCAUUUUCUGCAGUUUUGUUGUAGUCGUCAAAGAAAUUUCCCUUCAAGAAAACCAAGGACUAUGGCUGAUGAGAUGGGUAACUUGUAGAGCUUUUCCCGUUUCGAAAUAAUGGCUGCAAAAUUUUAAUUGAGUGCAUAAUAACAUCGUUUAAAAAUUAAUUGAAAUGCAAAAUCUGAUUGUGUCAUUAGCUUGCAUGAAACUGAAUAUGAAUUGCAACCUGAAAUGUGAGUUACAAGCUUUUCCAAUCAAAGGCUAUAUUCUGGGGUGCAAAUCAACUAAAGCUGUCCUUUGUAGCUGGAAAUGCUUUUAAAAUGCCAAAAUAAUUUGAAUUAAACCACAUUACAAACUCACACUUAUACAUUCAUACAGAUGUAGUCUCAAACAGACAUCUAGACAUACUAUUGGUUGAAGUUAGGAUCGUUUGGAUAAGCAAAUGUGCAAAUAAACUGCACACAGAUUGUGUCCAGAGCUCUGUUCUCGCUAAAGUCAAUAGCAAAAUCCUCUUUGAUUUCAAUGGGAGAUGAUCAGGCUGUGCUUUUUUUUUUUUUUGUCCUUUAAGUCCAGAACACCAUUACUUUUUGAUUAUGUCAUUACAAGGCACCAUACAGCCCUGUGGGAAAUGAUUGAGGCUUAUGGUGAAUAUCAACACUUCCUUCAAAGCAGACCUGGACUUUCUGAGAGGGCAGUUUCACUUGCUGCUGUUUUCUUCUCACAAUAUUUUUUAUUACCAUCAAUAGCUCCCCAUGGAUUUGAGUUAAAAUAUCUUCCAUCAAUUUUAGUCAUACUUCCAGGGAAAUAUUCACAUAGACAUUCUUAAAAAUGCCCAGUUUUAACUGGAUUCAACAAGAAAUUGCAAGCAUUUCAGAAAGAUGCAUGAAUUGCGUGUUUCAAAUGUCCAGAUUCAGAGGCUUAGGAACUGUUUUUGAGGAGACAUCAGUGUCUCAUGUCUCCCAUGGACAUCUCCCUUAGGCUAGAGGGAUUGACACCUCUGAAAAUUCAUUCCCAGAUAUUUCAUGCUGGCUGCCAAAAUAUCUACAUUUGAGCUUAGAUUACAUCUAAAAAUGAGCUAAAAUGCAUAAACGAGAUGGGAAAAAAGUUGGUUUCUGUGUGUGAUUCCAUGGAGAAGGUGAAACUGAGGAGGUGGCAGAGAGCAUUCAGAGCCAGGGUGACCCUCUGUCUGGUGCUGGUGGUAUGAGGGCUGCAGGCAGGCAGAGGGACAUCCCACAGUACCCCCACCCCAGGGGAAGCAUGCAGUCAUUUGCACUCUGCCCCGAAUCAAGAUGUCCCUGUCACCAACUAGCAGAAUGAGAGAUGCCUCAGCAGCAAGUACCACUAACAUGCUUGCUCCAGUUCAUAUUCUUCUCCAGUGUUAGGGACUAAAUAUUAAGAUGAAUGUGGCUUUUCUUGUAUUGUUAUGCUUUUCUUGUACUUUUAGGUCAUUAAAUACUUUUCUUGUAUUCUUGGGUCCUUCAGUGCAUAGUAGAAACUGAAAACUAGAAGAGAUAUGACUCAGGAUGUGAAGAAAAGAAUUAAUUUUAUCCACCUUAAUGCUCUUACCUGGGCUGGAAUGAGAACAAUCAGGAACAGCAAAUCUCAGAACUGCUGUAACCUAAGAGUGUCUUGCACUUCAUUUUUGGAUUCUGUGUGCAGGAGUUCUGUAUGUGCUCAUUUGGCUUUAAUAUAAUCUGCAGCAAUGAAGUGCUUGAUUAUAUGAUCCUUUUUCAGGCAACAUUCCUAGUGAAUAAUCAAAGUUCAUGGGAAUUUUGCCAGUGUAAAGAUGACAGAAUUAUUCCCUUUUUUAAUCAUGUACCUUCCUAAUUUUACUUUCAGUGAAAAUGAAGCAAUUAAUUCCAAGCAAGUGAAUCUGAGAAAAGUAAAAUCAUUAAACUAUCUUAAAUAAAUAUAAUAAAAGAAAAAGAAAAUGUUAUGCAAACAAAGAUGGCUAUUUCUUUACUUUGCAAAAAAGUCAACAACACGCUGCCAGCUGAAUGUAAGUAGCAAAAUUAAUCCCUCUCUAGAGUAUGUGGUAUUUUAGUUGGUGUCUUAUCUCAGUGCAGCCUCUCUAAAAAGCUGAGAGUCAUAACCGGAGAUGAAAUAUUAGAAAGGUUAUGCUGCAGCCAACACCAGAGGUCCUGUAGAGAACAAGAAUGUAGAGACUAACUAAUUUUUGUAGACAGACAGCAGGACACUUUCGGGGCAAUGUGUCUGGGACGAAGAAUUAGAGGGAACUUUUCCAAAGGCACUGAUGGCUGUGAGACAACUAACUCCUAUUAGCUUGCAGGAGCAAGGAGGUGCUCUGCGAGCGUUUGUUCUUUGGGAAAUGCCCCCUUGUCCCACAAGCAUGCCCACACACAUGCAGACAUGAAGCUUGCUGUACUAUUUCCUGUCCUAAGUAGCAGCAGCAGCAGCAGCCAGGUGUGCUGCCCUGUGUGUAUACUGUGCAUUUGCCCGAGAAGUUAUCAACUUCCAGCAGACACUUCAUAAGGUGACUGAUAGGGGAAAUUAUUUUUUUUCUCAAUAGUGGCCUUUCCAUAAGCAUAUUGGUGCAUGGUUGUUUUAUGUUUAAAGGUCACAAUAGAGCUUUGUGAACCAUUGUACUUUUUUUUUCUUUUUUUUUUACAGACUCCAUAUGGAAGUAAAACAGAAUAUGUACCUGGGGAGGGGGGAUGUAGUGUGUGGAACCUGCCAGGAAAGAAUUUCUCUUAAAUCAAGUUUCUGCUACCUGCUUUUCAUCCUGGAUUUGAAGGAGUUUGUGUUCUAAAUUGUCAUUCAAGAUUUUUCUUUGUCAUGUCACUUGCUUCGUUUUUAUACCUAUAAUUGAAUCCCCUUUUGUAGCACACAGAAAACCACACAAAAAAAGUCUGUCUUUUGUGACAGAUGCCCCUGCCCUUGGUGUGGGAAUGAGAGUAGCUUAUCUUUGUCACUUCUAGCAGCAAUUAAAUGCUUUUGUGACAGAUCCAAACUGGAGCAGUAUUUUAAAAGUACAAUUUAGCUAGCUGUCUGCUGACUGUUAAAAAAAAAGAAAUUGUGAAACUUACAUUCCUCUCAAGCCUCAAAAGGGACCCAUUUUGAUUUUAACAAUGUAAUAUUUUCGCUUGAUCCAAAAGUUUUCUCCCAUGACAUCUUGUCGCUAGCUCAGUUUUAAUCCCUAGUAAGUAACACACCACAGAGAGUGAAGACCAAAAAGGAUGUUCCAGCAACAAUCAAUUAUAUGUCUUCUGGACAAUCCUUCAUCCUGCUCUGUGGUUCAGCAUAUUAAAAUAGAUUAUAGCAAAAUAUAAAUUCUUCUGCACCAUCAAAGAUACUGCUGUUUGGAUGUCAAUUAGCACACUGUGAGUUGGGCUGUAAUUUAUAAGGGCUGUAAUUUAUACAGAAGCCAUGCUUCUGAGUGGAUGCAUGAAACCCGUGGCACUGGUGCUAUGCAGUGAGAGUGAUUCUGUGCUAAGAUCCCCACAUAUUACCCCCUUCCGAUGGUAUGUCUGCAUGGCCAGAGACACAUUGGCUGUAACAGAGCCAUAGGAUGUCCUGGUUCAAAGAGCACUGAAAUCCCUCCUCUAACAGGCUUUGGGUUAUAUCUGGGAGGCAGCUAGAGAAGAAACCUGAACUUUGCAGUCAGCCACAUGAAACUGUAAACAAAGCCCAGGUAACAGAUCUAAGCUUGGCCACACAUACCUGUUUCUGAUACGAAGUGCCAGUUCUGCUUCUAGAAAUGUCUGUCUGAAAGAGCACUGACAGUAGUGGAUCUAUUCUAUUGGCUUCACAAGAGUGUAGAUGACAUGUCUUAUGGGAAUGGUUCACAUGUCUCUUGCUGCAUAGUUAACUGCUAUUUUAAAUUUAAUGAUUGGCUUAAUAUUCUAAUUUAGAAUGCAGUAGGAAAGCAUAAAGCAAUACCUGGUGAACUCAUAACUAAAGCUUUCAAAGCAAACUUACUGCUGUUGGUUUUUACAACACUGACUUUUUGGUCUAGGGACGCACAGCUGAAGUGUCUAUUUUUUUCUUGGGAAAUUGAUGUUGCUAUCUGUUUCUACAGUAAAAAACAGUCCUUUUGCUCAGAUCUCUAAAAGUUUAUCUGUAAUUUGUCUUUCCAGGCAGAGCAGAUUCUAAGGGAUAAAGUAUCAGUGGGACUGACCCAAAGGACAACAUUUUCAAAGGUCAAUAGUAAUAUUUCCAUAAGAGUAAAGGGAACCAUUGUUAUUAUUCCUGAUACGUUUUUGUAUCUGAAAGCAUCCAAUGAGUAAUGUUAAGUAAUAUUGUGCUCCAAAACUUUGUUGUUUAUAGAUAUAUGAGCUCUGGAUUGGCGUGAAAUAGUCUUCAACCAAGUUGUUAAAAUCCUUUUUGUUUUGUGUUUUGUAUAAUUCUUUGGCUAUAGUCUUGUCCUAGUGUUAAUAAAAGCUAUUUGAAGUAAGCU